GAUAAUCUUGUCGUCCCCUGCGAAGCUACCGGAACUGGAACUAUUUCUUAUGUAUGGCAACAUAACGGUAAAAAUAUCCAAUACGAUGCUCGAAUUAAGCUUAGCGGUGGUAAUUUAACAUUUACCGGUAUCAUUCCAGCGGAUGCUGGCAAAUAUACCUGCUUAGCUAGUAAUCUCUAUGGUACAAGUAUUAGCCGUGAAGCAACACUUCAAGUACUUGCAGCACCAGUUUUCACCGAAAAACCUUAUACACAAACCACAUUGUUUCGAGGACAAACUUCCACUAUACGUUGCACAGUUACUGGCGGCCCUCGACCGGUAAUGACCUAUACAAGAAAUGGAGGAUUUGUGGAUACAUUAUUAUAUAACAAAUAUACAGUCUUGCUAAAUGGUAAUUUAAUUAUUCACAACGUAGACGAUAACGAUGCCGGAACUUACAUGUGCACUGCAAGAAAUCGAUAUGGAAGUAGUAAUGUAUCCGGCAUUGCCAUCGUGGUCAGUGCUACAGUCUUUUCGAAACCAUUAGUUAAGACUUCUGUCCGACGACCCCAAAAUUUCAGCAUAUCUUGUGCAGUUACGAAAGCGGUAAACUAUAAUGUCGCUCUGUAUUGGCAAAGAAACAAUGUCAAUAUUACUACAAGUCGAGCUACCAUUACAACGUCUGGUUUAACCACAACAUUAACUUAUGUUAAUACAACAUUAACUGAUACAGGUACAUUUUCAUGUGUAGCUGCGACUUUUGUACCAUUUGUUGGUUAUGUGCCUCAAUCUUCAUCAGCCUUGUUGACGGUUAAUGAUGCACCAGAUCCUCCAUUUAGUUUUACUUACAGUCAGCUAAUAUCCUCGGCUGUGGUAUUAUCAUGGUUACCUGGCAGUCCGAACAACAGCCCAUUAUUGAGAUUUACAAUUUUAUAUCGGGUCAAUAGUGUCGAUGCGUGGAGAAUCGCCCAAGAUUAUAUCCCAGUAUCAACCACAUUCCGUCGAGUUACUUUAUCACCUUUUAAUACUUAUCGCUUUAAAGUAGUAGCCGUCAAUGCAGUUGGCACAAGUAAAGAUAGCGCACAU